AUAUAGGUUUCUCACUCUAAAACUAAAAGGUGGGAAAGAGAGAAUCUGGUCGCCAGCCAUGAAAUAGAGGGAUCAAGCUUUCUCUCUGGUCAAAGAUGGCAUUUCUUGUUUAAAACCCUUCUCCCUCUUCACUCCUCCCUCUCUCGAAUUCAAAUCGCCUCUCCUCGCCUCGCCGUGAGAGGGAAAUAUACUACUCCAUGUUUCUCAUUCUCAUCUGAAGAAGAAGAAGAAGAGAGUUUUUAAUGGUUGAUUAUUGCAAUCCAUCCAUGGCUGUCGCAUCUCCGUCUCUCGCCGGCGGAGAGAGGAAGCAUUGGUGGCUCACCAACAAAAAGAUGGUGGAUAGAUACGUGAGGGAAGCCAGGAUGUUGAUUGCGACGCAGGACCAGAGCGAGAUUGCGGCGGCGCUGGGGCUCCUGGAGGCGGCGCUGGCGGUGGCGCCGCGCAUGGAGGUUGCGCUCGAGCUUAAGGCGCGGUGUUUGCUGCACCUCCGGCGGUUCAAGGAGGUGGCGGAUAUGCUGCAGGAUUAUAUCCCGAGCUUGAAGAUAGUCUCCUCUGAUGAUUCGUCGUCGAGCGCUUCGUCGGAUAACUCGUCCACUCAGCUAUCGAGAGAGCGAGUCAAGCUCCUCUCCUCCAGCGGCGACUCACUGAGUGGGGACGAGCCUGCGUUCAGGUGCUUCUCCGUCUCCGAUUUGAGGAAGAAAGUGAUGGCUGGGCUCUGUAAAAACGUCGAGAAGGAAGGGCAAUGGAGGUACUCGAUAUUGGGGCAAGCAUGCUGCCACCUCGGCUUAAUGGAGGAGGCAAUGGUACUCCUCCAGACAGGAAAGCGCCUCGCCACCGCCGCAUUCCGCCGCGAGAGCAUCUCCCUCUCCGACGACAUCUUCUCCUUCAACAAGUUCCCGCGCUCCGGCGAGAAUCUGAUCAGCAACCAGCCCCAAACCCCGCCGAAGACCGAGUCCGAGAGCAUCUCCCACCUCCUCUGCCACAUCAAACUCCUCAUCCGGCGCAAGGCCGCUGCGAUCGCCGCCCUUGAUGCCGGCCUCUAUGCCGAGGCCAUCCGGCACUUCUCCAAAAUCCUCGACGGCCGCCGCGGCGCACCCCAGGGGUUCCUCGCGGAGUGCUACGUCCACCGCGCCACCGCCUUCCAAUCUGCCGGCCGGAUCGCGGAGGCGAUCGCCGACUGCAAUCGCGCCCUCGCCCUCGAAACCUCGUGCAUCGACGCCCUCACCGUACGAGCCAGCUUGUUCGAGGCCAUCCGAUGCUUGCCUGAUAGCCUCCAUGAUCUGGAGCAUUUGAAACUGCUCUACAACUCAAUUCUCCGAGACCGGAAACUGCCCGGCCCCGUUUGGAAGCGGCAGAGCGUUCAAUACAGAGAAAUUCCCGGGAAAUUGUGCUCCUUAGCAGCCAAAAUUCAACAGCUGAAACAGAGACUUGCCGCCGGAGAAACCGGCAACGUAGAUUACUACGCAUUAAUUGGACUGAGAAGAGGCUGUUCGAGAUCAGAGCUUGAGAGAGCUCAUCUCCUGCUCACGCUCAAACACAAGCCGGAUAAAUCGUCUAGUUUCAUCGAGAGGUGCGAGUUUGCGGAUGAGAAAGACGUCGAUUCUGUCCGUGAUCGGGCCAAAAUGUCCUCGUUGUUGCUGUAUAGAUUGGUGCAGAGGGGAUACACCAGUGUAAUGUCGAUCAUUUUGGAUGAGGAGGCAGCUGAGAAGCAAAGGAAGAAGGCGGCUGCAGCUGUUCAGCAUCCGGCCCCGCCUCCGCCUGAGAGGGUGGCGAUGCCAGUGGCGGUUGCGGUGGAAAGCAAGGCCUUCAAAACUCCACCGCCAUCAGUUUUUCAAGGCGUUUUCUGCAGGGAUAUCGGUGUCGUUGGUAAUCUGCUGGCGCAGGCCGGUUUCAACCGUCCGAUUCCGGUGAAAUAUGAAGCUUUGAGCUGUUGAUUUAAAAGAAGUUGAAUAAUGACGGUGGUUUUGAAUUGUUAAUAGGCCGGCAGGAGAAAUCUGAUUCUGGUUGCAAUGUACAAAUCGUUAAACCUCUAGUACUACCCUCCCAGGAUAAAAAUUUUGUUACCAGUUCCAUCUUUUUUUUAAAUCAUUUUCAUUUCCUUUUUACUAUUUUAUGCUUAUCUAUGUGUAUGUACAGAUUUAAUUUCAAUAUUUAAGUAGUUUGAAAACUUGGGGAUUA